AUGGCAACGGUAGCAUUAAAAUGUCCAUAUUUAGCUCAAUUUACAUUACAACAAGUUCGAGCUUCUGCUCAAAAUAUUUUGAACGUUGGUGCAACAAGUUGUCCGUUUUAUAGUACUUUAGCGCGACGAAGUAGCUUUGCUUCUGGUAUACAACAUAGUGAAACAACACCCAUUAUACCAUCAAUGCCGUUUACCCACGAUGAAAUCAUGGCAGUUCAUAAACGAAUUAUUAAUGAACAAAAACAAUCAUUAGCGAUGCGGUCAACACGUGAACUACCAGAGAAACAUGCAACAGUAACCCCGAAACAACCGUAUUCACAUCCGUAUGGAGAUAUUAUUAUUUCAACUGAAUGUCAGGAUCUACAAUGUCCAUUUCUUAAAAAAACACCAAUUACACUUAAACGAAUUUCUUUGAAUGAAGAUACAAUUGAAAUUAAUGAAAAUCUUGAAACACCAAUGACAAUUGAAGCAUUAAAACCAAAACCAUUUGAAUAUCAGACAUUUUUUACUGCGAAAAUUGAUGAGAAAAAACGUGAUAACUCCUAUCGUAUAUUUAAACGUGUUCAACGACGAAGUGGUCUAUUUCCGCAAGCCGAAGAGAAAAGUGAUGAUGAUACAAGAGUGAUUACUAUUUGGUGUAGCAACGAUUAUUUAGGUUUAGGACAACACCCAAAACUGAAAAGAGCUGUUAUAGAUGCUGUUAAUAUGUUUGGAUCAGGCUCAGGCGGUACACGAAAUAUAUCUGGAUCAACUCCAUUACAUGACAAUCUUGAAAAAUUAUUAGCACGUUUACACCAGAAAGAAGCUGCUCUGCUAUUUACAUCAUGUUAUGUGGCAAAUGAUACAACAUUAUUUACAUUAGCCAAAUUAUUACCUAGUUGUCACAUAUUUUCCGAUAGUGGUAAUCAUGCAUCAAUGAUACAAGGAAUAAAAAAUAGUCAAGUACCGAAGCAUAUUUUUCGACAUAAUGAUAUUGAACAUUUAGAAUAUUUAUUAAAAAAAGUACCACAACAUAUACCAAAAAUAGUUGCAUUUGAAACUGUACAUUCCAUGGAUGGUUCCAUUUGUGAUUUGGAAGCAAUGAUUGAUGUAGCUCAUCAGUAUGGGUCAAUAACAUUUAUUGACGAAGUACAUGCUGUCGGUCUUUAUGGUGAAAAUGGGGCUGGUGUUGGUGAACGUGACCAUAUAUUACAUAAAAUGGAUAUUAUCUCUGGCACAUUGGGUAAAGCUUUUGGAAGUAUUGGUGGUUAUAUUGCGGGUACGACGAAAAUGACAGAUUUCAUAAGAAGUUAUGGUUCGGGUUUUAUCUUUACAACAUCUCUACCACCAACAGUAUUAGCCAGUGCUACCGCAGCCGUUGAGAUUUCAAUGAGUGAUGAAGGCCGUUAUCUACGUCGGAAACAACAAGAAAAUGCUCGUGAAUUACGGUCAAAAUUAGUUGAUGCUGGUUUACCGGUUAUGAUUGCUCCAAGUCAUAUUAUUCCGAUACAUGUUGGAAAUGCAGCAUUAGCUACAGAGUUAUGUAAUCGUUUAUUAGAUAAAUAUUCAAUAUAUAUACAAUCAAUCAAUUAUCCAACAGUUGCACGUGGUACUGAACGUUUACGUAUAGCUCCAACACCACACCAUACAUCAGCAAUGAUUGAUUAUCUGGUUCAAUCUUUAACAUACGUAUGGCAAGAUGUUGGUCUUCAACUUAGACACCAAAAUGAACAAAUUGCUGCAAGACAACAUAUGUGA